AUGGAGACCCCGGACCCCGGGGCCCGGUGCCCGGUGCGAGAGCAGCGUGCCCGUUGGGAGCGGAAGCGCGCCUGCACCGCCCGGGAGCUGCUGGAGACCGAGCGGCGCUACCAGGAGCAGCUGGGGCUGGUGGCCACGUACUUCGUGAGCAUUCUGAGAGCCAAGGGCACCCUGCGGCCACCGGAGCGCCAGGCCCUGUUUGGGCCCUGGGAGCUCAUUUACGGCGCCAGCCAAGAGCUGCUUCCCUACCUGGAAGGAGGGCACUGGGGGCCGGGGCUGGAGGGCUUCUGCCCCCGCCUGGAGCUCUACACCCAGUUUGCUGCCAACGCCGAGACGUCCCAGACCACCCUGCAGGAACAACUGAAGAAAAGCAAGCGUUUCCGGAGGUUCGUGAAGCUUCAGGAAGGCCGCCCCGAGUUCGGGGGCCUGCAGCUCCAGGACCUGCUCCCUCUGCCUCUGCAGAGGCUCCAGCAGUAUGAAAACCUUGUUGUUGCUUUGGCUGAAAACACAAGUCCCCACAGCCCGGACCACCAGCAGCUCACACGGGCCGCUCGGCUGAUAAGUGACACCGCCCAGAGAGUCCACGCCAUCGGUCAGAAACAGAAGAAUGGCCAGCACCUCCGCCGUGUCCAGGCCCUUCUCAGCGGCCGCCGGGCAAAGGGGCUCACCACAGGUCGCUGGUUCCUGCGCCAGGGCUGGCUGUUGGUAGUGCCUCCCCGUGGGGAACCCCGGCCCCGAAUGUUCUUCCUGUUCUCGGACGUGCUCGUCAUGGCCAAGCCUCGGCCCCCGUUGCACCUGCUGCAGAGUGGCACCUUCGUCUGCCGGGCCGUCUACCCCAUGGCCCAGUGCCACCUCCAAAGGGUCUUUGGCCACUCGGGGGGCCCCUGUGGUGGGCUGCUCAGCCUGUCCUUCCCUCAUGAGAAGCUACUGCUUAUGUCCACGGACCAGGAGGAGCUGUUGCGCUGGUACCACAGUCUGACCGUGGCCAUCAGCAGCCAGAAGAACUAGAAGAAUCUUAUGAAUUCCAGAACCCACGAUACUUCCGGGAUCGGUCAGGGUCAGGAGCACAAAAACUAAACAAAACACAGAACCCUUUGCGCUUCGAGGAGGGUCGUUUUGUGUUUGCCUUGGACUGGGUUAUCCGCCCGGCUCUUAAGAAUCAGGAAAGCAAGCCUGACCCCUGUGAACCUCCACUGACCCAGCCCCUCCAGCACAGAUGAGGGGACUUGGGGCUGAUAAGCUUGGUGCUACGUCUAUGGCCGGUCGUUUAUCAAGGCUACGGCUUUGCAAAUGUGGCUAUUUUUAUAGUUUUAUUUUCCUACUGGAUGUAAGUAAAGUGUUUUUGUUUCUUUGGAAAGGCCUGUUUCAGCUGUGUGCCUGAGCAAAGGGAUGUCUGUGCCCGAGGCUGGCAUGACGGGCCUCGGAAGUGCACGGGAAAGAGCUGGAGCUUCCUCUGUCUUCUCCGCUCUCACGCCGGGAGGCAGUCUUUUUGUCCUAAUAAGGGAAGCUUUCCAAGAAGGGCCGGUUGCUCCUAGGCACCGAGUAUGGGUGUGUGUGUGACCAGCUGGGAUG